CUGCGCUGUCUGCAUCUCACCAUUUGUGCUCUUAUCGACCAUCUGCACAAGCUCUAUUCUAAAAGUCAGGACCGCAUUGCACACGCCAGUCUGUCCUUCAGCUGGGACCUCCAUUGGGGAGGCAGAGGAUCUCCCAGUUGGCGCCCGUCACUACCGACUUAGCGCCUUACCUCGGUCUCCACUGCGAGACUCAGGGGCCCCAUGGAUUCCCCACUAGCGGUCUCGCAGAUCUCGCUGUCGCAUUCCAACAGCUCCAGCUACAGUCAAGGCAGUCGCAGCAAUGGCAGUAGGAUGUUCGACGUCGAAUCCUCCUCCGCAACGUCAGCGGCCAAGGAUUUCUUGUACCAGCGACAGCUAACACCCAAUGCAGUGCCGCUGCUAGUACGACUACAGCGACAUCGGAUACUAUUGACAACAGUUCUAGGCGUCGCGGUGAUCGUGGUGAUAAUGUAUUUCUUACAGGAAGGCAUCGUACUCAAGUCGUAUCCAGUUUCGAGCAGUGGGACGGAGGAUAUCGACGCUUAUAAUUUCUUCGUUGGAUUAAUCACUUCGCUAGUGGUUAAACCUUUGAUAGCGCUAGUGUCAGCGGUAGUUCCUGCAAUUCUACUAUGCUUUUUGACCCAAGUGGCGAUGCAGGAGACGAGUUCGAGAUGGUCUCGAUUUGGUUUGGCAUUAUUGGGUAACGUGGUGCUUUACUUCUUACUCAAUGGGUUUAUGGCGGUCUACGUGAGUGAGAAAACAGCGCGAGUGGAUGCAGUAAUUGGAGAUAGCGACUUGGCAGAGUAUGAGGGCACUCCGAUCAUCACAUCGGAUCGAGCAUCAAGUGCUGAUACGAUUCUUCGAAGUGCCAUGCAAAUGGCCGAUGCGACGGCCGAAAAUGCAGCAGGACAGUGCAAUCGACUGUCGCCAAGGAGACUUCCAGCACAGCUGAACUAUGGUUUUCCAUCCCGUCAAUGGCUUAGCGAAAUGCUCCCGUAUGCGCCAGAAAACACAGAUACCAAUACGUUAACUGUAUCACUGAAUAAUGGUGUAAACUCGACCGAAAAAGCGACGAUGCCGAUGCAAUUGACUGCUGCUCGGAACCUCGUGAAGUACGCCAUGCGCGCAACUGAUGAUUUUUACCGUGACCAAGACGUUCAAGCCAAUGCUAGUGCGUUUGAACUGCUAAAUCUACCUGACGACUUUGGCUCUGCGUCAUCUGGCGAUUCAAGUACGACCCAAGCACUCGUCAAAGCUACAAACGCCACUUUGAAUCUUGCUGUGAAUACACGUUCGCAUCUGAGGAACUUCAGUAUAUCUGAGAGCAGUUUGGAAUUUGUCAAGUUCCCAUGGACAACAGACAGUGGCGAGUUGAUAUUCGAGGGCGUAACGUUGGAGAUCCCCAUGGAUCAAGGAUAUUUGCGUCGAGAAGUGAAGGUCCUUAACGACACAACUCAGUCUGUGGUGUAUGGAUCUCAGGCGCUUGAUGGUUUAUUUGAGAUCAAUGCGAAGGAAGAGUGCGGACGGUAUGGCUGCGUAGUUAGCCCCGUUGGAGCAGCAUUGACCUCCGCUCCAGUCGACGAAGGCAGCCAAGUCCGCGCUUUACCACUUUGCCUGGAUGCAGAUGGAUUAGAAGACUUUGAAGCUACAAUGAAAGUCGACGGUAGCGCAUGUGCUCACCGUUCUAACACUUCUAUGCUGGUUCUCAGUUUUGCCAAGCGGAUCAUUGGCGAUGCUAUCAGCUCCUCGCUUGUGAACGACACUAGCAGUGAUGCGCUGGUUGUAAUGCUAACGAAUGCGAGAAAAAUCUACCAAGUCACAGCCGGUCGGUUGUCGUGGGAAACUACAGACCUGGCUUCCAAGUAUGAUGCGUCGUGUGAGGCGAGCGACUGCAAUGGCGUCGCGUUCCCUCUCUCCGACGACUCAAGAGAAGUCAUCGUUGGAAGUGACCAUGUGCCUGUCAGCAACUUGACUGCGUACUCCCCUUCUUUAUUAUUAUGGACACCUCUCGUGACUUCAAACGUGCAGGAGGUGGACAUGAGCGAUAUCCUCAAGAGCGAUUUUGUAUUCCCUAAAAAUUUUGAAGACACUACCGGUUGGACUCCAGUCGAUGGCUCUCGAUGUGAACGCGAACGUGGAGUAUUCAUGGACCGUGUACAGAGUUCGCAUUUGUAUUCCGAGCGAUCUCUACAGCCAGCGUAUCAGUCUGCUUUGUUUUGGUUAUUCCAACAUGGUGUGGUGAAGCAGAAGUUAAGUCAGACGACGCUGGCGUUUGAUGCUAAUGUCGAGUACGUGGAUUUAACGUUGGCAGUACCUCAGCUUUCGGCCAUGCUCACGUUAGUGGGAUGUGCGACGCUAGUAGUCAUGGCUGUGUUGCUUUUCUUUGGAGGGAAGAGUCGUGAAGCCGACAUUGAAAGGAACUUCAAACCACACCAUUUGGCUCGCAUACUCCUGGACGACGAAGCGUUUUCACACAGGUUGCUCAAGUGUGACUUACUCAACAUCGGCAACAAAUAUUUGAACAGCUCCGAACUGCUGGAUCAGUUCGAGAUCAGCGGACUGGCGUUGCGGCAUCGCAAACGUCCGUCUGAUGUGCUUAUUGUACCUAAAGGCCAAUCGAACACAGCUUCAGCUGCAUCAAGCCAGCCAGCCCAAGUCGUGUAAAAUCAAUUGACUAUAGACAGUAUUUACUAUCAAAAACCAUUUCAUCGUCAACGCUACAGUGUUCGUCUAGUGAGAUUGCGUCGAUGCUUCGUCGCGAACAUGAAUAUUAAUAUCGCCGGAGAAUUGAUCAGAAACUGUAUCAAUAGCUACCAAGCAAGUUGAAGUGACA